CAUCCGCCGCUCGCGGUCGCGGGCAAAUCUCAGUGUCCCCCUUCUCUUAGCCCUAACACACGAAUCUCAUUUCCCGCCUUCCGUUUGAGGUUUUACCUUCAGCACCAUGGCCGACAAGAAGAAACGCCGCCGUCAGAACCCCGACGACGACGACGACGGCACUCAACCAUUUAAGCAUCUUCUGAAGUCCGACGAAGAUAUCCUCAAAACCUUGAAAUCCUUCCCCUCAUCUUCCGCCGCCGCCUCCUCCUCCUCCUCCUCCUCAAAACCUCUUACCCUUGCCGACCUCUCCCUCUCCACCACAUGUCGGGAGGUCGCCGAUCUCUCCCUCUCCUCCGUUCAAUCAGCCAUUGAGACCCUCGUCCUCCAACUUACCCACCAGAUCCUCUCCGGCCAAGGCUUCUCCUUCUCCGUCCCCUCGCGCGCUUCCUCCAACCAACUCUACGUCCCGGAGCUCGAUCGCAUCGUCUUAAAGGACAAAUCUACCCUCCGUCCAUUUGCCCACAUCUCAUCUGUCCGGAAGUCUACCAUUACUGCCAAGAUUCUCUCCCUUGUCCACCAGCUCUGCCUCAAGAGCAUCCAUGUCACCAAGCGAGACCUCUUCUACACCGACGUUAAGCUCUUCCAAGACCAGACCCAGUCCGACGCUGUUUUGGAUGAUGUUUCUUGUAUGCUGGGUUGCACCAGGUCCAGCCUAAAUGUGAUUGCGGCAGAGAAAGGUGUGGUUGUUGGGAGGCUUAUCUUUAGCGACAAUGGGGACAUGAUUGAUUGCACCAAAAUGGGGAUGGGAGGAAAGGCAAUUCCUCCAAACAUUGACAGAGUUGGGGAUAUGCAGAGUGAUGCAUUGUUUGUUCUCUUAGUAGAGAAGGAUGCAGCAUAUAUUAGGUUGGCAGAGGAUAGGUUCUACAACAGGUUUCCAUGUAUAAUUGUGACUGCAAAGGGGCAGCCAGAUGUGGCAACCAGGCUGUUUCUGAGGAAGAUGAAGAUGGAGUUGAAGCUGCCAGUGUUGGCAUUGGUGGAUAGUGAUCCCUAUGGGUUGAAGAUUCUGUCUGUUUAUGGUUGUGGAUCGAAGAACAUGUCAUAUGACAGUGCAAAUUUGACAACGCCAGAUAUUAAAUGGUUGGGGAUCAGGCCGAGUGAUUUGGACAAGUAUAAGAUACCGGAGCAGUGCAGGUUGCCAAUGACAGAGCAGGAUAUUAAGACAGGGAAGGAUUUAUUGGAGGAGGAUUUUGUGAAGAAGAAUCCGGGAUGGGUGGAGGAGUUGAACUUGAUGGUGAAAACCAAGCAGAAGGCUGAGAUUCAGGCACUGAGCUCGUUUGGAUUCCAAUACUUGUCAGAGGUUUAUUUGCCCUUGAAACUGCAGCAACAGGACUGGCUGUGAUCAAGAGCACCCAGAUUCUAACAUGGUAAUAAUUAUGCUUCCUUGUUUACUUUGAGGCUGAUCCUGAUCUAUUAGAAUUGGAAAGUGUUGUAGUUUUCCAAAAAUUCUGUGUACUUGUCUUAGUGUUAUGUCUAAUAAUUGAGUUUGUUAUACAGCGCCAACAAGCUUUCAUUU